UAGAUUGAUGCCUUUAUGAAGGCAUCAUCCGUUGGUGGAAAAAGACAUAGCAUUUCGACAGAAUAUGUUUUGAAAGUGCUUGGUCUUGACAUUUGUGCGGACACCUUCGUCGGGAAUGAUAUGCUCAGGGGAGUCUCAGGUGGCCAAAGAAAAAGAGUCACAACGGAAGAAAUGAUCGUUGGACCCAGGAAGACUUUAUUUAUGGAUGAAAUAUCCACAGGGCUAGAUAGCUCUACGACGUAUCAAAUCGUUAAAUGUGUCAGGAAUUUCGUUCAUUUAAUGGAAGCAACUGUCCUAAUGGCUCUUCUUCAGCCCGCCCCGGAGACAUUUGACUUGUUUGAUGACUUGGUGCUACUGUCCGAAGGACAUGUUGUAUAUCAAGGACCUCGGUCGGACGUGUUAGAAUUUUUUGAAUCAUUAGGUUUUCGUUUGCCACCACGUAAGGGAAUUGCGGAUUUUCUCCAGGAGGUCACUUCCAGAAAGGAUCAAGCUCAGUAUUGGGCGGAUCCAUCCAGACCAUACGAGUUUCUACCUGUUUCCAAAAUCGCAGAAGCAUUUAGAAUGUCCAGAUUUGGUAGCUCUGUCGAGCCUGAUCUCGCGGCUUCAAAUGUUCAAUCCAACAGCCAUCCUAAUGCGUUGUCCAACGAAUUUGCUGUCUCAAGGUGGGAGCUGUUCAAAACAUGCUUUGCCCGAGAAGUGCUGCUAAUCGGCAGGCAUCGCUCUCUGUAUAUUUUUAGGACUUGUCAGGUUGCUUUUGUUGGACUGGUAACCUGCACAAUUUUCUUACGGACAAGAGUACACCCCACUGAUGAGACAAAUGGCAACCUCUACCUAUCCUGCUUUUUUGGGCUAAUACACAUGAUGUUUAAUGGAUUUUCUGAGCUGCCGAUAACAAUAUCUCGGCUACCUGUAUUCUACAAGCAAAGAGAUAAUUUCUUCUAUCCGGCAUGGGCAUGGUCCAUUUCCAGCUGGAUUCUACGUGUCCCAUACUCUAUUAUUGAGGCCGUUGUGUGGUCUUGUGUAGUAUACUACACUGUUGGAUUUGCUCCUGGUGUUGGGAGGUUUUUCCGGUUUAUGCUAUUGCUCUUUGCAGUGCACCAAAUGGCAUUGGGUCUUUUCCGUAUGAUGGCUACAAUAGCUCGAGACAUGGUCGUUGCAAAUACUUUUGGGUCUGCUGCCUUGCUGGUUAUAUUCUUACUGAGUGGAUUUAUUAUUCCAAAGUCCAUGAUCAAGGCAUGGUGGGUCUGGGGUUUCUGGGUGUCCCCACUAUCCUAUGGGCAAAAUGCAAUGUCUGUUAACGAAUUUACUGCCACAAGAUGGAUGGAGAAAUCUGCCUAUGGGAAUAAUUCAGUUGGCUACAACGUACUUCAGUCACAUAGCUUACCAUCUAGUGGUCAUUGGUAUUGGCUUGGAGUUGGGGUUCUAUUGCUUUAUGCACUGCUCUUCAACAAUAUUGUGACUUUAGCUUUGGCUUACCUUAAUCCUAUCAUAACUGCGCAGUCUGUAAUUCCCGUGGAUGAAACUGGAGAAAAUUCCAGCCAGGGCAUUGGGGAUGGUACGCAAUCAUGAUCAAAUCCAACAUCCUCUGGGGAGGGUAACAAGAAGAAGGGCAUGAUUCUUCCAUUUCAGCCAUUAACAAUGACUUUCCAUGAUGUCAAUUACUUUGUUGACAUGCCAAAGGCUAUGCGUUCACAAGGAAUACCAGAAAGUAAACUACAGCUUUUGUCGAAAGUUAGUGGAGUAUUCUCUCCAGGAGUACUCACUGCAUUGGUUGGUUCAAGUGGAGCUGGUAAGACUACUUUGAUGGAUGUUCUUGCUGGAAGGAAAACAGGUGGAUAUAUUGAAGGUGAUAUCAGGAUAUCAGGUCACCCAAAACAGCAGCAUACUUUUGCUAGAGUUUCUGGAUAUGUAGAACAAAAUGAUAUACAUUCUCAAGUGACAGUUGAGGAGUCUCUCAGGUUUUCUGCCAGCCUCCGCCCCCAAAAGAAGUCAGCAAAGAAAAAAAAAGCGGAGUUUGUCGAAGAGGUAAUGAAAUUAGUUGAGCUUGAUACGCUUAGGCAUGCUUUGGUUGGUCUACCUGGUAGCUCAGGUUUAUCAACAGAACAAAGGAAACGGUUAACCAUUGCAGUUGAGCUAGUUGCCAAUCCUUCUAUAAUCUUUAUGGAUGAACCUACCUCUGGUCUUGAUUCUCGAGCAGCAGCUAUUGUGAUGAGAACUGUUCGUAAUACUGUUGAUACUGGAAGAACUGUGGUUUGUACCAUUCACCAGCCAAGUAUUGACAUAUUUGAAGCAUUCGAUGAGCUGCUUCUCAUGAAACGUGGAGGAUGUGUUAUAUAUGGUGGCAAGCUUGGAACACAUUCACAGACCCUAAUAGACUAUUUUCAGGGCAUCAAUGGAAUUACCCCAAUCCGAAGUGGUUAUAAUCCAGCAACUUGGAUGCUUGAGGUUACUACACCAGCUGCUGAACAGAAGAUUGGUGCUGAUUUUGCUGAUAUUUACAGAAAUUCGGAUCAGUUUAGGGAGGUGGAAGCUACGAUUGAACGCUCAAGUGUCCCACCUGCUGGCUCAAGGCCUUUAAAAUUUGACACCAUGUAUUCACAGGACAAACUCUCUCAAUUUUUUAUUUGUCUUUGGAAACAAAAUCUCGUCUAUUGGAGAAGUCCACAGUACAAUGCUGUGAGGAUUUUUUUCACUACGUUAAGUGCGCUGAUUUUAGGCUCCGUCUUUUGGAAUGUUGGCUCAAAAAGAGAGUCGCCUCAAGACCUUUUCGUGGUUAUGGGAGCUCUUUAUGCAUCAUGCUUGUUUCUUGGCGUCAACAAUGCCUCUUCUGUACAACCAAUUGUUUCCAUAGAAAGGACGGUAUUCUAUAGAGAAAAAGCAGCUGGAAUGUACUCCCCAUUGGCCUAUGCCGCAGCCCAGGGCCUUGUGGAGAUUCCGUACGUGGUUGUGCAAACCAUAAUAUAUGGAGUCAUCACAUAUUUCAUGGUCAACUUCGAGAGGACAGCAAGAAAGUUCUUUCUUUUCUUGUUCAUGUUCCUUACCUUCACCUACUUUACCUUUUACGGCAUGAUGGCUGUUGGUCUCACUCCUUCACCGCAUUUAGCAGCUGUCAUUUCUUCAGCCUUUUACUCUCUAUGGAAUCUUCUGUCAGGAUUUCUUGUCCCAAAACCAAACAUCCCGGGUUGGUGGAUAUGGCUCUACUACAUCUGCCCAGUUGCAUGGACUCUUCGUGGUGUCAUCACCUCUCAGCUUGGGGAUGUGGACACUCAGAUUGUUGGACCUUCUUUCAAGGGCAGUGUGAAAGAGUAUCUGGAGGUUAGUCUUGGCUAUGGUGGCAGUGGCAUGAUUGGAGUGUCAGUGGCUGUGCUUAUUGGCUUCAACCUUUUCUUCUUCGCUGUCUUUGCCUUCUCCGUCAAAGUCCCUAACUUCCAGAGAAGAUGAAAAGGGAAAAGCAAUAACACUCAUUAACGGAGACUACUUUUGUGAAAGCCAUGAUACUCUGGCUUUCUUGAUACUAUUACAAUCGUAGUCUCUGUUUUUUUGUUUGUCCUGCCUCAUUACACUUGCUAUGCUUUACUUCUGGAGGCAGCACAUCCACGCUGCAAUCUCUUGAAGCCAUAUG